AUGUCUUCUGAAGGGGAUCUUCCACCUGCAACAACUGAUGUCCAGUACCCAAGUACCGCCUCUAUGCAGGAUAAUGAACAGAAGUAUGAUCCUCGACAAGAUAUGUGGAAUGAGACCCAGGAAAAUUGUUCUGGUGCUGGUUCGUCAACGUCUUUCAAAGAUGAUCACAAAUUCAAAACCCCAGCUGUACCGCCUCGUCGCUUGAAGGAACGAACACCAGAUGUCCCCGUUUCGCGUAAACCUCGUCCAUCGACUACCUCUUCGUCGUCGGGACGGCUUCCGGAAACCUUGAGUGAUGGUGCCCAAGCUAAUCGUGCAUUGGUAGAACCGUCUACUUUAGAUUUGGAAGCAUUGUGCAAAGAGGCUGAUGCAGAGGUGACAAGAGUGAACUUCAACGGUGACCUGCUUCUCUUACCGAGCAUCUUAGUUCACAGCGAGUAUGUGUUUCGUCAAGUCGUUUGUGCUGAAACAUACUACAGUUUAUCGGAGGAGGCACGGGCUCAUCUUCGGCAAUUUCUGCCACCGAUCAAAAACGUAGCCGAAGAGCAACACGCUCUUGCAUGCGCGUUCACGAAGCGAACGGAUUUGGUCCACGGGAAUCCAAUCAAUAGAGUUCAGUCGAAGUUAAAAAACGGGUGGUUCAAUCCAGACCGUCCUUCACAGCAGAAUCAAAUCAGAGAUAACAAUAAAGUGCUAUACGAUCAUUAUAUCCGGUUCUAUCACAUGAAUCUUUUGAACAAAUUGGUGAAAUCUCGUCACGUGGUUUUACAACAUUUAAUGUCGACGAGUGCUCUUUGUUCACCAACUCGUGUACCAAUGGAUCCCGAGACAGUGAAGCGGCGUAACGAUAUGGAGCGAAUCCGAUUGCGCGCUGCCAAGCGAACUAAAGCGAUGAUUGCGGACUGUCGAGUAAAAGUCGGUGAAUCGUGCAUUUCAAGCGACGAAGAAGAUUCAGAUGAAGAUCUGACACUUCCAAUGACGAAGACCGUCACGCUGCAUACCGCUCGUUCGACUUUGUUCACACCAAACAUGAAGGAUUUGGAUCUUCAUCAGCCCACCCAAAUGGACGAUGUGAAGACAAUGCUCAGAAAAUUUAAAAAACUUCGGAGAGAAGAACCACACGCUCCAAGUCUCGAUAUCACUGGGAUAGAUUUGGAUGACGUCUAUGAUAGGGCCGGUGUUCUGGCACAGUCUGAGAAAAUCAAGCAGACAAUGGAGGCUCUUGAGAAAAACCUCAAAAAAAAAUUUAAAAAACUUCGGAGAGAAGAACCACACGCUCCAAGUCUCGAUAUCACUGGGAUAGAUUUGGAUGACGUCUAUGAUAGGGCCGGUGUUCUGGCACAGUCUGAGAAAAUCAAGCAGACAAUGGAGGCUCUUGAGAAAAACCUCAAAAAGGCAGCAGGAUAA